AUGGCGAGCAACACGCAGCCGUCCACCAAGAAUGGUAGCCAGGUCACCGUCGUCGACGCCGGCAGCGACCGAUGGGACGGCGCGACAGAGACCAGCCCGCUAGUCAGCGACAGGAUCGCGAGACGUGCCGCCGCAGGUGACGGUGGGAGCGGCGAGAUAAGACAAGAUACCUGGUUAGGCUAUGUGUAUUUCGCCGACCUCUCCUGGUGGCGGAAGCCCUCCGUCUAUUGGCUUCUCCCUCCGUAUUGCCUAUUCACGCUCGCGUUCGGCGGCAUCAUCGUGCCGAAGCUGAAUUUAAUCCUCGACCUAGUAUGUCGCAAUUACUUCGCAGAGUGCCAGCUGCUCGAUCCGAAUUUCACUUUUGACCCGGUCAUCAUGGGCGCCGAGAACCGCCAAUGCAACAUCCCCCCUGUCCACAAGAUCGUCGCCGCCUUCACCCUCAUCAUGAGCGCCCUCACCGGCGCCCUGAGCGCGCUCACGGCCCCGAGGCUAGGCGCGCUGUCCGAUCGCUACGGCCGGAAGCGCCUGAUGGUGAUCUCGUCGUGCGGCGGCCUCGUCAGCGAGGUCAUCACCAUCCUGGCCGCCAAGUUCCCUGACACCGUCGACUACCGCUGGCUGAUCCUCGGGUGCUUCUUCGACGGCGUCACGGGCUCGUUCACCGCCGGCACCGUCCUGGCCAACUCGUACACGAGCGACUGCACGCCUCCCUCGAAGCGCGGCGUGCACAUCGCCUACCUCCACUCGUGCCUGUUCAUCGGGCUCGCGUUCGGCCCCCUGCUGGCCGGCUACUUCGUCGAGUGGACCGGGACCCUGGUAACGCUGUUCUACGUCGUCCUCGGCUGCCACACCGUCGUCAUCCUGUGGUUCCGGUUCGUGCUGCCCGAGUCGAUGCCCGCGGGGCGCCAGGCGGCCGCGCGCGCGAAGCACCGCGCCCAGCGCGAGGCCGCCGGCUCGCUGCUCCUCGACGACGACCCGGCCGCGCGCUGGCUGCCGGCGCUGCUGCGCGCGAACCCGCUCGCGCCGCUCCGGAUCCUCGUCCCGAGGGGGCGCGCGAACGGCGCGCUGCGGCGGAACCUGGUCGUGCUCGCGCUCAUCGACACGCUGUUCCUGUCGGCCGCGAUCGGCGCCGGCACCGUCGUCGUGCUGUACUCCGAGUACACGUUCGGCUGGGACACGGCCCAGGCGUCGCGCUUCGUUUCCGUCGUCAGCAUGCUGCGAGUCGUCAUCCUGCUCGUCCUGCUGCCCGCCGUCAACUACGUCGUGCGCGUGCGGCCGCAGCGCCGGCGCGAGCGGCUCGGCGGCUCCGCCGCCCCCGUCAUCGUCGAGAAGAACGCCGGCUCCGACGCCCUCGACGUCUGGAUGCUGCGCCUCGCGCUCGCCAUGGACGCCGCCGGCACCGCCGGCUAUGUCUUCGUGCGCCGCGAGGGCCUGUUCGUCGCCUGCGGCCUCGCCACCGCCUUCGGCGGCCUCGCCAGCGCCACCACCCAGAGCGCCCUCACCAAGCACGUCCCCGCCGAGCGCGUCGGCGCCCUGCUCGGCGCCAUCGGCCUGCUGCACUCGCUCGGCCGCGUCGUCGCCCCGGCCCUCUUCAACGGCAUCUACGCCGCCACCAUCGAGUCCUUCCCGCAAGCCUUCUUCGUCGUCCUGGCCUCCCUCUUCGGCCUCGCCGUCCUCGGCAGCUUCUUCGUCAGGCCCCACGUCCACAUCGGUGAUGACGACGACGCCGGCGCCGGCUACGACCGGGUCCCCGCGCUGAGCACCCCCGACGACGACGAGACGGCGAGGGCCCGCGAUAUUUUAGCCGACGAGGAGAUCCCCGGCGAGACGCUGCCGCGGCUCUGAGGCGGUGCCCCGUGGCAAAGACUGACGUCUGCGCGUAGGAAAUACCUGCGACGCGGCCACGGUACCGUCGGCAUACUGACGUCAGCGUCAUUGCCUUGAAGGAGUUCGCUAAUCGUUUUAGGACCUCGAGACAUCGUAUAAGCUUUGCAUUUCAAGGGUGCGUCUAUACCAUCCUCUAUCCGGCGGGAAGGAAAUACGUAUACGUGGAUGCGCACCUGGGUGUAUUUUACGGUUAUUGUUCUGCACAUAAGGAGAUACGGUGUCUGAGCACUCGCGUCGACGCCAAGGGGGGAGAGCAAGUCAACCGGCGACAUGGAUUUUUUUGGUUACGACAUAGAUUACCUGCCUUUGUAUUGGGGGAGCGGCACAAGC